GGAGGACAUGGUUUUGAAGUUCAUGUCUGAUUUGAAUGGCGUAGAAAUUGGGGAAACAUAAUUCUAAAGGUUGCUGCAGAACUAAUUGUAAGAGAAUGGACCAGAAAUUCUUGUAUGCUUUCCGAGGUUGGAUUGCGUUUGUUGCUUUCAUGGAUAUGGGUACAGCAGCCCGUUGUUAUAUAGAAAAGCGGUCGUUUCUUGGUGAACACGCUUAUAAGAAAACUAUUGGACUCCAGUACGAGGAUCCAACAUUGCCAAGAAUAUUAGGAAUUUAUUCCAUUUUGAAAGCUCUUGCUUUAAUUCAUUGCACCUUAUAUAUACAUUAUAAACCAGUUGUGAGCUUGGGAAUAUGUUCCCUUGUUGUAACAAUUCUAAUGUACUGCACUGAAGUGUUGUAUUUCUACUCCACAACACUAUCUUUUUAUGUGAUCUUCCCAUGCAUAUUGAAUGCCCUGACUCUGAUAGGACUGAUCGUGUUGCCUAAGAGAUUGAUUGAUGCUCCUGCAGUUCCUGAAGAUGAGAAUGCAGAAUUGCUGAGGCAAGCAGCAGUCUUCAAACGAAGAAGACCUAAGAAAGUAAACUAAUCUAAGCUGUUUACUGCCAUUUAUUCUUGUAGUUAAAGUUUAUUUAAGCCUGUAGAUAUAAAGAAUAACAUAGUAGUAUGUUUCGCGAUAUUUAUAACCAUUUUGGUAAUUUAUUCUCUGACUGGCCAUCUCAGGAUUGUUUAUUCUUGUCUUUAAACACUGGUAAAAUAUUUUUAUUAGUCAUAUGCAUGCUCAUCAUAGGUGCAACUAAUAAACCUGCCGGUUACACAUUUUGGAUUGACUAUUUUGUUUUUAUAACAAUGAUGUAAAUGUGUAGCGUGAAUUUACAAAUUUUAUAAAUAAUAUCUUAUAUAUCAACUGAUCUUCUAGGUUGUGAUAAUAUGUAGUCUUGUAGGUGGUUAUCAGUGUUGGGAGGAAUAUAUUGCCUGUCCUCAGGGUUGAAAUAACCCUGGAGAUGGAAGUGAUUUGUUCCUCUGCAUCACAACUCAGGAGAUCACAGUCAACAACUUCACCACCACCACGAAAACCUCAAAUCUCUAAUGAUAUCUUAAAUGAACUUGUGAAUAAAGUAAUAUAUAUAUAUAUAUAUAUAUAAUGUUACUAUCUAAUUUAUACUUCAGGACUUUGCACUGAAAGUUAUAUACAUGUACUAAUUUAUUUUAUAUUAUAGUAUAACACAUAAAAGAUGCUGUGUAAUUCUUGUUUCAAAUUAUGAAAUUUGAAACAUUGCAAUACAAAUAAUUUUAGAAUGAUAUAAAUGAGAUUUUGAAAGUGGUAAGAUUACAUUGUAAACAAAUUCUUGUUCUAUUCUGUAACAUUUUCCUUGUACAUGUUAUAUUAUGUAUUAUUAUUAACAUUUAAUACUGGAAUGAAACAAUACUUUUCUCUGUAAAUAAAGUUAAAUAUUCCUUUAUAGUA